AUGCUUAGUUUCUCGGCUCUUAAACCGGCCAUGUUUAGUAAUCUAGCUAAAGUUAGCCUGAAGUCAAUUCACCUUGCCCAGACUUUGCGUUCCGCAGUUCCAGCCGUAGCAAGCGCUCCCGCUAAUUCUAAUAAUCCUCCACCCAAACCGGUUAAUGACAGGAUUGAAGUCUUUGUUGAUGGGAAGUCUGUACUUUGCGAACCUGGUAUGACCGUCUUGCAGGCUUGUAGUCUAGUUGGUGUGGAGAUUCCGCGGUUUUGUUAUCACGAACGGCUUUCGAUCGCUGGUAGUUGCAGAAUGUGUCUUGUAGAAGUCGAGAAUUCUGUCAAACCUGUUGCUAGCUGUGCAAUGCCAGUCUGGAAGGGUAUGCAUAUAAAGACUGAUUCUGAGAUGACAAGGAAAGCUAGGGAGGGUGUUAUGGAGUUUCUGCUUGUAAAUCAUCCUCUGGAUUGUCCCAUUUGUGAUCAAGGGGGCGAGUGUGAUCUUCAGGACCAGGCCAUGGUUUUUGGAUCUGACCGUUCUCGCUUUACCGACAACCUGUUUUCGGGUAAGCGAGCCGUUGAAGAUUUCAAUAUGGGCCCUCUCAUCAAGACCUGCAUGACUCGUUGCAUUCACUGUACACGUUGCGUCCGAUUUGUCAACGAGGUGGCUGGGGUGCCACACCUCGGCACCUCAGGCCGUGGCAACAGCAUGCAGAUCGGGACAUACGUUAAUCGAAUGAUUGAAAGUGAACUCUCAGGCAAUGUUGUUGAUCUCUGUCCUGUGGGGGCUCUUCUCUCUAAGCCUUACUCAUUUAUUGCGCGGCCUUGGGAGACCAGACGCAUUGAGUCCAUCGAUGUGAUGGAUGCAGUGGGUUCAAAUAUCGUUAUCUCAAUGCGUACCAAUGAAGUACUGCGUAUUCUGCCUCGAUUGAAUGAGGAUGUGAACGAGGAGUGGUUGGCGGAUAAGUCACGUUAUGCUUGUGAUGGUCUCAAACGACAGCGUCUUGUGUUUCCCUUGGUACGCCCAAAAGGUGGCGAGCUUCAUCACCGGUCCUCAUGGGAAGAGGUUUUGAUUACCAUUGGUGAACGCCUCGUAUCUUUGGGGUCUGGCGAACCUGCCAAAUGUUCACCCAACCAGAUUGCCGUAAUCGCUGGUCCUUUUGCUGAUGCCGAAACCAUGACCGCUGCCAAAGAUUUUGCUAAUUCUAUGAACUCUGAAUUAGUCUUUGUUGAGGAGAACUUCCCUUUGAAUAGAACCGAUGUGCGAGCUAAUUAUCUGUUCAAUUCAAAAAUUGUUGGCAUAGAUGCGGCUGAUUUGGUCCUCUUCAUCGGCACAAACCCGCGAUUUGAAGCGCCAUUGAUUAACGCACGUAUACGAAAGAACUGGCUCAAUAAUGAAUUGAACGUGGCCUUGAUCGGUGAAAAGGUUGAUCUCACAUAUGACUAUGAGUACCUUGGAUCAUCAACCUCGAUAAUUUCCGACAUUAUUUCUGGAAAGCACCCCUUCGCUAAGCGUCUGGCAGCGGCAAGGAAUCCUCUUGUGGUGGUGGGUAGUGAGGUUCUGCAGCGUGCGGACGGCGCGGCGUUGCAUGCGGCGGCGCAGCAGUUGGCGUGUCGCUUUGCGCCCUCGGCAGAGGAAGGUGCGCGACGUUUCAACGUGCUGCAACGCUACGCCAGUCAAGUAGCCGCUAUGGACCUUGGGUACAUCCCCGGACUAGAGGCCCUGCGAACCACUCAGCCUAAGGUGGCUAUCUUAUUAGGGGCUGACCAAGGUCACUUAACACGCGCUCAUUUGCCAGAGGACUGCAUGGUUAUCUAUAUCGGCCAUAACGGUGACCACGGAGCAAAGAUGUCGGACAUUGUGCUGCCCGGUGCCGCCUAUACGGAGAAGCACGCAACUUACGCCAACUUGGAGGGUCGGGCGCAGCGUACUUACCCCGCUGUGGCACCGCCAGGCGACGCGCGCCAAGAUUGGGCUAUUGUACGCGCUGUAUCCGAGGUCGCUGGGUGUCCUCUCCCUUAUGAUGAUCUCAAGGGGGUGCGCCAACGUAUGAACCAAAUAGCACCUGGUCUGCUUGAGGUGGACGUUGUCCAAAGUGCCGAUCUGGAAUGCCUCAAGGUUGCCGCUGCUGAUGCUAAGCUUGAAUAUCAAAAGGGACUCAAAAAUCUUGAUUCAAAGUUACCUCUGAGUGUGUCGAUGAAGGAACUCUACCAGUACUUCAUGAAUGACGCCAUCAGCCGAGCCUCCCAGACUAUGUCACGUUGUGUGAAGGCCUUCAAGACACACGGAAAGUCGGUUGAGGAUCGUCAGUCAGUUAAGAAGGCUGAUGUUGAAGCAAUUGCUAUCCCUGGUCUUUCUCAACGUAUUGUUCUUACGCACGAUCUCAUCGAAGAAACUUGCAUCUUGAGUGAUCUCUUUGAUAUGAAUGAGGUCACUGCUCUGGAACUUGUGCUAACUGCCGAAGGUCAUCUAUCUUCCUACUCAAGUGGUUUGAGCCGUGUGCCACUGGCGAUCACAUUAUACUUCGAUGCUUACUGUGCUCUGGCGGAGUCACUUAAUUCGAUCAUCAAACAUCGUGUCGGACGCAUACCCUUGAGUGAUCCUCCUUCCCGAGAUGUCGCAGAUGUUAUUAGCUCCUUUACUGAGGAUCUAUGGCAAAGUGGACUUCUAAAAAAUCUUCUUUCGUUCCUGAGAGAAUUCAGCAUGGCGAGUGAACUCAAGCGUCUUGAGACGGCUCGUGUUCUUGAUAGUCGCCAACACCGUCGUGAUGUUCGACGCCUUCUCAUAGCGAUUCGGAAUCGCCUUGCUGAGAGCGUUAUGCUUUGGUCCGCACAGACACCUCUUUCUCCUUCCGAAAUGGCCCAAGUGCUUACCCACCUUAUCGGCUCCAAAUCGAGUACAGAUGCUGAUGUCGAUCUCGAAGUGAAUGAUUCACUACCUCUCGACCAUUGCAGUAUUCAUCUCUUUAUGGCUCUUCUCUUCUCCUUGGAACCUUUCGGUACAGCUGGAAUUACUGUUGAACAAUAUGCUGAUGUGGAUGAACAAGACUUGCGGCAUCCCCUCUUCUCGGAGGCCGGUUAUGUGGUCUCUGUGACGGAGCUACUCACUCUGCCCGUUGAGACCGACCAACAAAAUCUUUCGCUUGCAGUCGAAGGUCUGUAUGGUCUCUUACAGAUCGCUUGGGCUAUAGCUCUGCACCGAACCGCACACCUUAGAGCAGACUUGCGUCGUCGCAAGGAGGAUAGCAACGGUCGUGAAUGUGAAGAUGUUGAUGAGGACGAAUUAGUCACAUCAGCGCUUCGAUCCCGAGCCUUGGAAUUCCUUUCAAGCGGCAUACUUUCGGAAGUGUAUUUUUCACAUGAGCCAAUGUGGGUCCGUCGAGUGCAUUGUCUCCUCACUGAAUUACUGAUCCAAUUUCCUCAAAAUACCCGCGAGCUGCGACUUUGGGACGAAUCGGUGAUGCGUCGAAUGAGUGUGGAUCCUGGCGGUUUCGCAGUGCUGCUGGAUACAAUCUCUUGUCUCUACAACGUGCCAGGGUCAUCGUUGCAUGCACGCCUCUCAUUAGAGUACUGGUGGCCAGCGGGCGAGACACAUCUGCCAUCAGCGCAGAUCUCCGAUACCCUCAAUGCAUCCUUCCGUACAGGAGAGGUAGAGAAUUCGCGGCAGGCAAUAUUGUUUCGUUUCGUCUACUCCACCAGCGAGUUUGCCUCCUCUCCUGUUAUAUUUGUGCCUUACGUUCGAAUGCUACGCUCUCUAGUUGGCUGUCAAGCUUCGGCCAAUCUUUGUUUCAAUCUGCUCAAGGCUACAGCCUCCUCAGGAGGUCGUCUGGCCUCACUACUCACCUGGGAUCACUUCAUCUCAAGCCUACAGCAAUACCUGGACCACUUGAAGCGCGCCACAACGAUAAUAUCAGGUGUAGCGGUGGGUGCUCAGCCACUACAUCUGGAACAUCCUUACCUCUACCACCAGUCUACAAUCUCCUCGAUGGUACCAGCGAGCGGUCCUCAUCUCAUGCAACAACAGCGGGAACAGCAACAACUUCAGUCCGCCUCCGCACCUCUUGAGAUCCAACCGGAGGAACUAGGGGCUCUACGUAUUGUGGUGGCGCUCAUUACCCGUGUCUCUGUCAUGGAUCCAAUAGCACGUUCCGCCUUCGCAUCCAACACAAAGUGGUGCCUCAUCCCCACCGUUAUUGGUCUCAUUACCUGUCCUCUCCCAGUAUCAAUGAAAGCGGACUUGCUAUACCUCCUCUCGGCACUCUCGCACACUCCUGCUAUUGCAGCUGAGGUGUGGUGCGCUCUUAUGGAUAGUCAUCUCUUCCCCUUCAUCGAACAUCCUUACGGCCUUCUUUCUUCUACCUCUCCGCGCAGUGCCGUGGGACUUCAUACGGAGAUGGACAAGGCGGAAGCUCGUCUAGAAGAAUAUCCCAUCACCCAGGCCUUCCUGAACCUUAUUACAACACUGGCACCAUCUUUGCUGAAUGCUGCCGUGGGUGCAUGUGAGCUUGCUUCGCCGACCAUGGAACCUUGUGAGGCGCUUUCUCGUCUCGUUCAUUUCACCACUGAGACAAUCUUCUUAAAGCAUACUAUGCGUGCCUAUCGUAGGCAGAAUGAGAGAUGGGAGGUAGCAGCCUCCUGUGUGGUUUUAUUCGAAGGUUUAGUUCGCGCAUUUAUGCGUCGAAUGCGUUCAGUAGCCAUUCUCACGUCGGGUGCAGGGAACUGCAGCGAUGAACAGUUAACCCUCUUUGAUUGGUCUACUCUCCUCAGUGGCCAUGUGAACACGGGCAAACUAAACCUUCCUCGAGGGUGGCCGUUCACCGAUCCUGGCUAUCAAAUUGUCACUCAACUCCUCACUAAUUCUUCUCUAUUCUCUCUACUGACCGGGUUGCUAGAAGUUGGACUUUACCGCCUAUUGGAAAAUUCUGCCACCUUUGUCUCCUGUGCCAUGGUUCGAGCCACGGCAGCGAUUUUGCGUCUCUUUGAGCACAUUCUUCCUCACGAGCAGAUGGUCGUAAAUCUAGUGCGUCGAGCUGUUCUGGUGGUACCUCAUUUACGUUCUGACACCGCGUGGGGCCAGAGAUCAGGACCCGAUGUCAUCUUACCUACUCUACUCUCGCGCCUCCUUGUGGUGACUAUCAAUUCAAGAACCGGUAGGGCUGACCUCCUUGUCACCAUUGUUCGGUAUUGCGGUCUAUCUGAUGAUCUUCCAGACCAUGGCACUUCGGCACUUAAUAUCCUGUACAGUGUUGUGCGCGCUGUUCAACCACAUGAAACCAAAUCAGAGCAGGAACUAUUGCGUGCUCUGGUCUCGUGUCUCAAUACCUCUCUGUGCGAGCUGUAUGAUGCCAGAAGCACAGGUGAGACUAACAGGGAGUCGCCACCGAUCUUCUCCGAUUCCUGGCUCUAUGAGGACGGUGAAGCGGGGAUAAUUGGCGAUGAAGGCUUCGAUUUUUGUGGUGGUGGCAGUGGUGGUUGCUACCCUCCAAAUCCUGCACUCAAAGCAGCCAGUGCUCUCGCUGCAUUUCCCACCAUGCCCUGUGACUGGGAUAUGGGUGACACACGAUGGGAGUUUAUGUCCGCCUUUCCUUCCCAAAACUCGCCCUCUAUUGACUUGACGACGGUGGAUUUUUGCGAGCUUGAUGUGAUUUGGUCGUUUGGUCAUUGGCGUCAAGGUCAUGGGCGUUCAAUUCGUUCCAUAAUGCUGCGUUUGAUUCUCUACGCUCUGACCAACCAUCCGAGUCCCUCUAUCGCCCACUGGCUCUUGGGAUUCCGAUGCAAAAACUCGCGAACCAUCGCCCUCACAACUCUUCAGGACGCUGGUGUGGGCGGAUUCCCUCGAACCUGCUUGCAUGCGCUGCUCGACCUUCUCGAAUUGGCUGUAGCCAGUCUUCGUGAGAAUUCAGUGCCUGAAAUGGAGUUAGGCUCACCGCAUGUUUCCUUGCUGAUGCAACAGUGGGAUGCUGCACUGUGCUGGCAAAUCCUCUACCACCUUAUGGCCGCGUCAACAACAACGGCUGUUCCUGUCUCUCGCUACCUCCGUGGCAACCACGACCUCAUUGCACGCCAUCUCACCACCGGUCUUGUUGGAGUCUUUCUUUCCGUCUCUUCCCAGCCAUCUGCAUCAAUGUCAACCGAAGAUAAUGCCAAAUGGGGUAGGAGUCUUAUUUACUCCAUUCAACCUUCAUCUCUCCUUGUUAUAUUCGCUAAUGGUUUUGUUCUAGCCCUCCGAUCUCUCGCGCUGAACCAAUGCUCCUGGCUACUGAAGAUGGCAGCUAUUGAGGCGCAGUCUUCCACCUCACAACGCACUUACCUGGCCCGGCUACUUGUUAACCUGUUCCCAGUUAACGAGGGCGCUGAUAGUGGGGGUGGUGAUGGCGGUGGACAACCAGUUCCCCUGAUAGACCAAUUCUCCUCCAUCGCAAGCCAUCCCGACUUGGCAGAGCCACAAAAUCGGGUUUUCGUGCAGCUGCUGGCACGAAUGGCGCCCUCAGAGACCAUGCUCAGCCCCCAGUGGCCUUUUGAGCGCGAUUGUGCAGAGUCUAAGCUUGUGGAGGAUAUAGUCAUAGCCUGUGAGGAGGUUUUCCCCCUCAUUUCCACCGAUGAGCAAGUAUCAUUACGAUCGGGCGUCAUCAAUAUUGCGUCGUUGUCCGCUCGCCUGACUGUCUUCCUUGGUGUCACCGCUGUCUCCUCCGUUCCAUCUCCAAAGGCAUUGAUGGAGGAAAGUGGGCUUGAAGCAUCAAGACUGCUCUCAACUGCCGCAGCCACUGACGACACCAACCUCUCUUUGGCUGCUGACGUGGUGGAGUGGGCGCGUCGUCGCAACGCACAUCGCCUGGCUCUAGUAGCAGGCAAGCAAGCAUUCCUGGAGGGCUGGCGUCAUCUUGCUGAGAUUGGUCUGCGCAUGCUCCACUUUCUGGCACGCUCUUCACCAGAACUUCUCGGCCUCACCACUUCCACCACUUCUUCAAGCAACUUUCUUGGUGUAGGAGGUGUCGUUAAUCGAUUCCUUUAUACAUCCACCAUGACCCUUCUCUAUUGCUUGCUCAAUGAAAUAUCAGCACCCGAAUCUGCUCCAGCGGUGCUCAAAGUUCUGGCCAGCGGCAGUUGCCUUAGUCUGACGGCUUUCCUGCAGCUCUUCGCUUUGUCAAUGCCCGCGUAUGGAUCUAUGCUGCCAUCGAAGAUGAAAGGAACUCAAAGCAUCCUAGCCGUCACGAAACUACUUCUCCAGGCCGUCCUUUCAUCCAAGCCAACUCAGCAGCGCGUUCGUGCCAACUACUAUGGUGCUCUGUGUUAUGUCCUUGAUGUGUGCUACCGAAUUGAUCAACGGAAUUCAGUCUCUGACGUUGGAGGUGCCACAGAAGUCUCCACAGCGCUCCAAGCCAUAAACAUCCUCUCGGGUGAGGAUGGAGACGUUGAUAGCAGUUCUUUUCUCACAGUACUCUUUACUGAUAUCUCCAGUGGUCAUCACCCCAUCGUUCCCAUAUCUGCUUUGGGACUGCUCUGUCUUCUGUUGAAACUAGAUCGUACCUCUGGGCAGGUUAUGGAGACGGUUAUUCGGGAUGGUUGUCUUCAGUUCUGCGUUGAUAGUCUGGAUGACGAUUUAGCUAUCCUUCAGCGGUACAUGAUGUCCCAGACUGACAAUUCUAUGAAUCAAAAUAAAGAUGUUAAUGAAACGAAUGGUCAGUCAGACGCCACUGCGGUCUUCUACGUCUACCAAUCAAAAAUGGCCUUUCUCGCCCUUGCAGCCUCCACUCAACUGGGUGCAAGGAUUCUUAUUCAAACACCUCUUCUCGACUCGACUCUCUACCGACUUGAACUUUUCUCUGGAUCCUGUCUUGCCGACGCCCUUAAUCUUUCGGUGGCCACUUUUAGUGGUGAUAAUAAUGCUUUGCCUGAAAUCCAACCAGAUCCAUUUACUUGGUUGGACACCUACGAGUUCUCACAACACCUUCUUCAAAUGCUGACUCUGCAGGAAGCAGGCAAGCCCGUUAUCGCUACUCCCAUAGGCCUCAUUGAUCGAUUGGUUACUUCACAGCUCCUCUCUGUGUCUGGGUGUAACCUCGGAGCUUCCUCAGAUUGUGGACAAUGUCUCAAUUGGGUGGGUAUUCUUGCCCCUUCUCUGGCCUUUGCAAAGUCUCUAGCCUUUACUCUGGGUCCAACUCAUGUGUCUGCAGUGCAGAAGGUAUCUAAAUUCUUAUAUGCCCACUCGGAUGCCCUGUUGACAGUGGGAGCUAGUGCCUCUGCAGUGCGGUUAGUCUCGGCUCUCAUCCAGGAGUGCUUCCAGGAAGAGAACUCGGCGUCUGUGACGAAACAGGAGCAGAUGGUCCAGGCUGCCCUUCAGUGGCUUCAGGGUGAGGAGAGCCUGGCUCAUCUUCUCUCCUUUAUACUGCGCUCGAGAAUACCUUUCAGUCUGGAAGAACCUGACGACCUUCCUCGUGAACUUUUGCGUAGCAAGACGCUGCGUCACGUCUUUGCUAUUGUUCCGGAUUUGUUGUGGACACUAAAAAACAAGGAUAAUCGCGUUCUCGCAAACAGCGACUCACCCAAUAAUGUCAGGCAAAUCUUCGUACGAAAUCUUGUAAUCACCGAGCAAUUGGAAUUACUACGUUUGUUGAUAAGCACCUGUGUAGCUGCCGUUUCUACUGAGGACGAGUUUGAUAGCUUCGAUCCGACUUGCAUAAAGAAUCUCAUCUUUUCAUCUUCCCUCUCUGCAAAUGAUUCCGAUAGCGAUGUCUCGCUAAUCUCAGGGUCGAUGUCAAGUCGCCCUGGUCUGCACCUCCUCUUUGAGUUGAUCACAUGGUCGGCCUUGCGAUUGCAUCACCUAGAGAGUUUGGUCAACCUUCUCACGCGUCAUUUGCCACUUAGCUUCCUCAAUGGAGCUGAUGAAGGUGAUGGGGAGGGUGAAGAGGAGAGCAGAAAAACCAGUAGUCCGCUAUCGCUGGAUAAAGUUCUUUGCCGUCUAGUUCAACUUCCCAUCAGCGUUUGCUCGCAAAGUGGAGAAAUCUCCACUGACAGUUUGCGUCAGGUUGCUGUCAACGUUUUCUCCAUAUGGACACCAGUUGCGGGCCCGCUGCUUCAAACAAGUACUACAACAGGAGUUGACACCAACCAACGGAACACUUACCUGCGUCGCCUCAUUUCUCUAGGAAGCGGGUUGCUGCAGACUCAAUUGACUUGCUUUAUCGACAUUUUGGAGCAGUCUCUUUACCUCCUCUGGCGCCAUCUCGCCUGUUUUCUUGCUUCUGUCAACAAGUCUGAGACGUCAUUAGAGCCUAACGGAAACUGUAUCACAUCACGUCAUCGCUCGAGGCGACUCGUUGACGCCGAGUUUAUUGAGCAACUACCGCGCAAACUCUCCUUUGACCUUCUCGAGAGCAUCACUCAAGUCUCCAAGGCUCCUUACCUUUCGUCGAGCGAUCAGCUCUUCCUCCAAGUGAUGGUCCAACGCCUAGACCGGCUCAGUCAAAUAAGGACCAGAGUAGGGGUUGUGGAACAGGGCGUUUAA